AUGAACCCAGACGGACCUGAUCAAGUCGAAAACUGGAAUCGAGUCAAACCGACGUCGGAAGGCGAAGAAGCUCUUCUCUAUCCUUUGAGUGCGAUCCGCAAGACGGGAAUCCUUGAAUUGGCUGCGUGCCGAGCAUGGGAAGAUUUCGGACAGAGUACGUUGGUCGUGUACAUCGGUCCAACGAGAAGUCUCGUGCGCGAGCGAGUCUGCGAUUGGAGGAACAAAUUCGCUCAGCUCGGCGCGAAAAUCGCUGAGCUCACGGGUGAUGUUGAUCCGGACUUGUCUCAAUCCGUCGCAGCUGAUGCUCAUCUGAUUUGCACUACACCGGAGAAAUGGGAAGUGCAAUGGCGCACUCGGAGGAAACAGGUCUGCCUGUAUCUCAUUGACGAGGUACACAGCAUCGGGGAACCCGAACGAGGUCCACUAUUGGAAGCGAUCUUGACGAGGACCGUAGUCCGACCGCUCAACAAGAAGAGUCCACCCCGCUUCGUGGCCGUGUCUGCCACCGUUGCGAACCCCCAAGAGAUCGGGAAAUGGCUUGGCCGGAAUGUCGCUUACAAGGUUCGCGAGUUUGAUGCAUCUUCGAAAGCCUGUCCUGUCAGUACAAUCGUGAAGGCUUUCCCCUGCUCGGCUAAUAAGUCAAGUUACUCUUUCGAUAUCGGACUCGACUUCAAGCUGCCUAGCAUCAUAAUGGACUACGCACCUCGAGGGAAGUCGACCUUAGUUUUUGUGUCCACGCGAAACGCAGCUGUGCAAUGUGCGAAGCGUCUGGUAAAAUCCCAAUGCUGGUUCACGUCGAGGACCCUCGAAAACGAGUUGUCUGAAGUCCAAACUAAACUCUCCGACAGCAAGCUGAUCGAUGUUGUGCAACGCGGUGUCGCAUUCCACCACGCGGGACUGAACUUGAAAGACCGCCUCCUCGUAGAGGAAUCCUUCGUGAAAGGCCUCAUCGGAGUACUUAUAACUACCAGCACCCUUGCGACAGGUCUCAAUCUCCCCGCUUAUUUGGUCGUCGUACGCGGAACCACAAUGUACAAUGGCGGUACGGUUUCGGAGUAUCCUUCUUCGAAAGUGCUCCAGAUGAUUGGCAGAGCGGGGCGCAUUCAGUUCGAGAACUCGGGUCAAGCUGUGAUACUCACGCAGCAACAGCAUCUGGCCCGCUACGAAGCGCUCCUAGCUGGCAAGUUAGAGAACGUCGAGAGUUACCUGCAUCUCGACCUCUUCAGGCAUCUGAAUGCGGAGAUAGCUUUGGGGAACGUGAAAAACCGCCAUGAAUGCGUGGACUGGUUGGAGAGCACCUUUUUCUUCGUUCGGGCAGAAGCUCGUUCGCGAAGGGCUGGCAAGAUGGCCGAGUUCAGAGCGUUUGUUGAAGCGCUCGGCUGCGCGUUCAGCCGAUCGUACAUGAGUUUCGACGGUUUUUCGAAUCUUAUCUCUGCCCUGCGCGGAACUGCCCCGGUCAGCGAGUUCUCUCCGAAGGCUUUCUUGUGGCAGCUUUCGACGCUUCCCGAUCUCGGAAACUCGCAAAUACGCGUAGGGGAGAAAAGCAUUCUGCGGAAGCUCAAUUCGAAGCUCUCAUGUAAAGUUACCGAGAAACCGCCAGAGUGGAGAGCCUCCCACAAGGCGUUCAUAAUGCUGCUAUCAAAACUCGAGAGCAUCGAGAUACCGGAUUCCGCCAGCCUCCGCUUAGAACGGAUUUCGAUGAUGAAAGUGGUGAAACGCGCUUCUCGCUGCUUGUACGAGAGCAUCCUGAUCCUCUGGCAGCAACCGGAUCUUUGCGAAACCAUCGGGAUUCACCUGACGUUCACGAUGGCGUUCAGCAUCAGUCUUCUCGCAAAAUCGUGUCGCUGUGAAACGUGGUACGACUCGCAGUUUUGUGCGCUACAGCUGGACGAGAUCGGACCGACGCGCGCCGCCCGACUGGUGGAGGGGGGCUUCACGAGUUUCGAUUCGAUUGCGAACGCAGAGGCAAGAAUGCUGGAAAUAGUCACGCAAACUAAUCCGCCCUUCGGGUCGCGUUUGCAGCAACAGGUCGCGAGCAAAGUGCCUCGUUACCUUCUCCACUGGGACUCCUCGGACGGUGUGCCUGUGAUCACGGCUGAAUUGAGGAAUCGAGACACCCUGCGACAACGAUCGUCGGCUCUCAUGCUCGUCGGUGACGACUCUGAUUCAGUGCUGAUCCUGACCAGAUUAUCUCACGAGGAACUCCAUCGCAAGAAUACAUUCGAGCUUCCGGUCAAUGCCAGCUGGACGAGACUCCACAUCUGUUUGAUCGAUGAGAAUAUCGUCGGUGUUGAUAAGGAAGGAUUCAUGGAAAAACCUACGAUGGACAUUCACUCGACUCCGGAUACUUGUGGAGACUCAUCCCGUACAGCCGGGACUCCCUGGAAAGCAGGUGACUCUCUGAUCCGGGGAUCUAUGAAAAUCUGCGGAAAAGACGGAACAUGCAACACAUGGUUGGCGAAGGUGUUGGAAUCCCGAAAUCAAGAAGAGCUGAGCGAUGAUCCAUUGCUCGUCCCAACCGCUCGGGCUGAAAAGAUAGUCCAAGAAUACGAUUUGAGCAGAUCUCAAUAUAGACCGAGGAGGAAUCUACCGAGAGAUGCUACUCCUUCGUCGAAUAUAGGAGACACAACACCAGACAGCUUGGAGGAAAUUCUUGAACAGCUCCAAGGAGAGGAAAGUCAGAACGAUGAUUCGGGCCUCAACGAGGGGCAGAGAUCAGGAAUCGAGGUCACUAUCCCCUCACUCGACGAUCGACAGAAUGCCGCGUCGGCGACCGCCUCGAAGAAGACCAGAGUCAGCCGGACAACUCGGAUCACAAAGAAAAAAACACCCGCAAACUACUGCCGAAAAGACCCGCGACGGCGAUGUGGUUCGGUCCCGGAGAAUUCGACGGGGGCCGUGUCGACUUCACCUGGAGAACCCCCACUGCUCAGGACUCAAGCCGAAUCCGAAAACGUGGGCCUUGAUCAGAAGAGCGGGGCGGAAAAUCCGACUGACUCUUGCACACACAGCAGCGCAGAACGAGAGCGUCGCAUCCGUAAACCGUCUACGCAGCCACAAUAUGUUGAUGCGAAGGAGCCGGACGAUUCUGACUGGGAAGUCUAUCUAAGUCAUACGGAUGCCUUGCUGAAGCGCAUGCUGUCACAAUGA